CCCACUUAAAAUGUCCACUGACGCCAAAUCCGCACCAGCUCCAGAUUAUACCAUCGCCAAUGGUGAUGUUGUUUCCAAAUACAAGACCGCAGGUGAAAUUUCUAACCGUGUCUUAGCCCAAGUUAGAGCUUUAGCCAUUGACGGUGCCACCACCUAUGCUCUUUCAGUCAAGGGUGACGAAUUGAUGACUGAAGAAUUAUCCAAGAUCUACAAUUCCAAGAAAACUUCCAAGAUUCCUAAAGGUAUUGCUUUCCCUACUUGUGUUAACCCAAACCACAUCCCAGCUCAUUUGGCUCCAAUUAGCGAAGACGAUGAAGGAAACCUCACUUUACACAAUGGUGAUGUUGUCAACAUUAUGUUGGGUGUUCAAAUUGACGGAUUCCCUGCUAUUGUUGCUGAAACUUUAGUCAUUGGUGAAAGUGAACUGGAACCAGUCACUGGUGCCAAGGCCGACUUGUUGCAUUCUGCAUGGAAGGCUUCUGAAGCUGCCAUUAGAACUUUCCGUGCUGGAAACAGAAACUGGGACGUUACUAAUAUCGUCGGUAAAGUUGCCAAAGAAUUCGGUACUACACCAGUCGAAUCCAUGUUGACUCACAACCAAGAAAGAAAUGUCUUAUAUGGUCCAAAGGAAAUCAUUCUUAAUCCAACCAAACAAAACAAGAGUUCUAUGGAUACUGUCAAGUUUGAAGAAAACGAUGUUUAUGGUUUAGAUAUUUUAAUUUCCACUUCUGCUGAUGGUAAGGUUAAACCUUCAAAUUACAGAACUUCAUUAUACAAAUUGACUGGUAACUCCUAUGCAUUGAAGAUGAAAUUGUCUCACAAAAUUUUGACUGAAUUUAAGCAAAAAUGUAACAACCAACCGUUCCCAUUUAAUAUCAGAAACUUGGAAGAACCAAAGAAGUCAAGAGGUGGAUUGGCCGAACCAAGUAACCACAAUGUGUUAUUACCUUACGAAAUCGUUUCUGAAAAAGAUGGAGAAUUUGUGGCUCAAUUUUUCACCACUUUUGCCAUUACCAAGAAUGGUAUUGUAAGAUAUACCACUCCAAGCUUCAAACCUGAAUUGUACAAGACCGACAAGGAAAUCAAAGAUGAAGAUGUUUUAAAUGCUUUGGCCCAGCCUUUGAAGAUCAAGAAGAAGACCACUUAAGCCUCGGACUACUUCCGCAAAAAGACAUUUGUCACCAGACAUUUUUAUAGUAUAAAGUAUUGACGAACAUUAACAGUAAAUUCAUAAAUGUAAACAUAUAUAGUUAUAUAAAUAAAUAUAACACGUAUCUACACGAC